GGAAUAAAAGGAGCAGAGUUUGGAGGGGAAAAAGAGCAGGGUUUGGGGAGUAAGAAGAACAGGGUUUGGAGGACAAAAUGAGCAGAGGGCAAAAAGAGCAGGGUUUGGAGGGAAAAAAGGAGCAGAGGGCAAAAGGAGCAGGGUUUGGAGAGGCCGGCCCCAGCUCAGGGGCUCGGGGAGAGCAGCAGGAGCUGGAGCAGAAUCGGGCAGAUGCUCACACAGCUCAGGGCAGCUUCGUCUCCUCAGCCCAGGGGUUUCAGCAGCGUUUGGGGGUCCUGGAGGCUCAGUCCGGGCUUGGUGCAGCUCCCAAGCCCAGCUCAGAGCGAGUGCUGCACUCCAGGUUCUGCACUGAGCCAUUCCUUUCAUCAAAGCACACCUCAGGUGCCCCAGGUAGCAUUUUCACCGUGGAAAUUCCCAGUUUUCCCCCCCAGGGCCACAUUCCCGGUGUCCCCAAGCCCCAAAUCGCUGAGUGGGACGGGCACAGCACCUGGCAGCGCUCGAGGGAAAGAGGAAAGAGGAGGCCGAGCCCUGAGCCGGGCUCUUGGCAGCUGCUCCGUGUUAUCCGUGCAUCUCCCAACAAACACCCAAAUGUGUGGGAGCAUCUGCACGGCGAGGAUGAAUAAUAAUCCAGGAGGGAAAAGGAGUGGGCGAGAGCUCGCGGGGAAGAAGGAAGCGCUGACAUUCCAGAGCCAGGGGGAAGAACAGGAUCGGCAGGGAGCAGAGCAGCACCGCCAGGCUCGGGAGGAAACGAGGGCUCCUGCCAGGCUGACCUGCUUGGGAAGGUGCAGGGAAAGCUGCUGCAGCGGGAAGGGGGAAAAGCCGAGGGAGAUCAGGUUGAAUCCGUGGGGGAAGGAGGCGAUGGGAGAGCGGUGCUCCCACGUGCAGGGUAGGCAUGACUGGGAUGAUGAGAUGCCAUUCAUUUUUUUCCCCCCUCUUUCUGCACAAGCCCGAGUGGGUGAAUCCACGUGUUUUCCCUGAUCCCGUGGGUUCAUCCCGCGCUGUUUGUUGGGAUCUGCCCCCCCAGGACCCCCACGCUCCCAACCUGAGGGGCUGCACCGGGUGAGCUCCACAGGCACCGCGACCAUUCCGGGAUUCCCUGAUCCAGAGGGAGCUGGAAGCCCCUGGAGGGGUCACAGACGCUGCUCGGGGAGGGGACACGGGGCUCGUGCCGACAGAAACCCCUUGAAAGGCUCAUUUGCUGCAGGCACAGAGCGACAGGGACACGCUCACAUCUCUCCUGGCUCUGUGCUCGCUCACUGGCUCGCCGCUCCCGGCCGCACCGAGGGCCGUGCUAUGAUCUGGCGGCGCCGGGAGCAGCAUGGGCAGCGUCAGCAGCCUCAUCUCCGGCCACAGCUUCCACAGCAAGCACUGCCGAGCCUCCCAGUACAAGCUCCGCAAGUCCUCGCACCUGAAAAAGCUCAACCGCUACUCGGACGGGCUGCUCCGCUUCGGCUUCUCGCAGGACUCCGGCCACAAGUCCGGCUCCAAGAGCAGCAAGAAUGAGGAUUUCUUUUACAUCAAGGUCAGCCAGAAGUCGCACGGCUCCCAGCGGCCGGACUACACCGCCCUGGGCGGCGGGGAGCUGGGAGUGCCCGCCGGGAGCAGCGGGCUGGACUUCGGGACUCCCACGCCGCAGAAGCUGAUGCCCUUCCCCAGCCAGCUGGAGGUGGGUGGGGAGAAGCCGCUGCCUCGUCCCACGGCCUUCAAGCCGGUGCUGCCACGCUCCGGGGCCAUCCUGCGCACGUCCCCCGAGAGCGGGGGGCCCCUGGGCCAGCAGCUGCACCCCCCGGAGAAGGCCAAGGAGCAGGAGCUGCGGCCGCUGCCGUGCUCGGGGGGCCUGUCCGACUCCGGCCGCAACUCCAUGUCCAGCCUGCCCACGCACAGCACCAGCAGCAGCUACCAGCUGGAGCCCCUCGUCACCCCCAUGGGCCCCAUCAGCCGCUUCGGGGGCUCUGCCCACAACAUCCUGCAGUGCGCCAUCAUCCAGGACAGCAACAUGAUGAACCUCAAGGCCAUGUCCUUCUCUGACGGCGGCAACAAGAUCCUGAACCCCGGCAAGGCCCCCCACCACCACCCCGCCGCCGAGAAAAGCACCUGUGUGCGCUCGCCCAUCGCCACGGACGAGUCCACCAUCCAGGAGCUGGAGCAGAAGCUGCUGGAGAGGGAGGGGGAGCUGCAGGAGCUGCAGUCAAGCUUCGAGGAGAAGGAAAUCAGCUCCUGCCAGGCCUACGAGGAGAAGCAGCGGCGCUGCAAGGAGGAACUGGAGGGGCUGAAGCAGAAAUGCAACAGCAAACUCAAGCAAACCUCGCAGAAGACGCAGCGGACGCAGCAGGUGCUGCACCUGCAGGUGUUCCAGCUGCAGCAGGAGAAGCAGCAGCUGCGGGAGGAGCUGGAGAAACUCAUGAAGGAGCAGAACCUGCUGGAGACCAAGCUGAGGUCCUACGAGAAGGAGAAGACCAGCUUUGCCCCGGCCCUGGAGGAGACGCAGUGGGAGGUGUGCCAGAAAUCCGGGGAGAUCUCGCUGCUGAAGCAGCAGCUGAAGGAGUCGCAGACCGAGCUCACCACCAAGACCACGGAGAUCCUGAGCCUGAAGGCGCAGCUGAAGGAGGUGAGGCUGAAGAUGGAGGGGCUGGAGAUGAAGACCCAGGAGCUGGAGGUGUCGCUGCGCACCAAGGCCAUGGAGCUGGAGGUGUGUGAGAACGAGCUGCAGCGCAAGAAGAACGAGUCGGAGCUGCUGCGGGAGAAGGUGAACCUGCUGGAGCAGGAGAUCCUGGAGCUGCGCUCCGAGCUCGCCGUGCUCCGCGAGCAGCUCAGCGAGGGGCCCCGGCCGGGCGGGGACGAUGUCCAGGCCCUGCAGGGGCAGCUGGAGAGGCUGCGGGCGGAGCUGCAGGCAGAACGCGACAACAACGAGCAGAUGAGCUGCAGCUUCCAGCAGGAGCGGCAGACGUGGAAGGAGGAGAAGGAGAAGGUGAUCCACUACCAGAAGCAGCUGCAGCAGAGCUACCUGCACAUGUACAAGAGGAACCAGAGCCUGGAGAAGAUGCUGCAGCAGCUGGCGGCGGGCGAGGACGGCAAGGAGCCCAUCGAGCUGGAGAUCCCCGGUGCCGACGUCCCCUACGAGGACAUCAUCGCCACCGAGAUCUGAGCUGCCGUCCCCUCCUCGCAGCCCGGGGAGACGCUCGGCCCCCUUGUACAGCCGAGCUGAGCCGUGUCCCCCCUGUCCCGUCGUGUUCCAGAGGUGACCAAGCCACUCGUGCCAAUGGUGACGUGCCCGCAGCUCCCCCGCCCCGGCACCGCCCCGGCACCGCCCCGGCACUGCCCCCUCUGCCCCCCGAGGAGCCGCCGGUGGGGCGGGCAGGGAUCAGGACUCCAGGGAAUUCUCUGCCAUCCAUGCCCAGGGGAUACUCCAGGCUCGGGGGAACCCAGCCUGGCCCAGCUCCGGGGAUGGCCCAGCCCAGUCCUGCCCGCUGCCAGUGACAGGGAUCAGCCCCAGUGUGUGCCCAGCUCUGGGAACGGCCCAGCUCCAGGGAGGAUCCAGCUCUGGGGAUGGCCCAGCUCCAGGGAGGAUCCA